UCUAUAAGACAACAAGCCGUCUAUUUACUCAUUUAAAUACAGAAGCUCUCAAGGUUAUUGAUGGAGAUUCCAGUGUUUACAGUUGAUGCGUUUACUAAUCUACCAUUCAAAGGCAAUCCUGCAGCAGUUUGUCUUCUGGAGAACGAACUGCAAGAUGAGCUUUAUCAGAAAAUUGCUGCCGAGAUGAAUUUAUCCGAGACCGCAUUCGUCACCAAGCUAAAACCAACAGAUGACUUCUGUUCAGGCGCGAGACUGGGUUUGCGCUGGUUCACCCCUACAAACGAGAUUGCGCUCUGUGGCCACGCGACGCUGGCCGCAGCAGCCGUUCUCUUUUACCAGAAAGAGAAUACCAACCCUGUCGUGGCGUUUGAGACUCUGAGCGGAGAGUUGCGGGUCCGACGGCGUGGCGAGUCUUUAGUGAUGGACUUUCCCCUCAACAGACCACAGGUUCAGGACUGCAAUGAAUUCAAAGACCUCAUUAAGGCAGCUGUGGGGGCCGCGCCCGUGCAGGAGGUGUGCUACUGUAAGACUACGAAGAAGCUCUUGCUGUGUCUGGCGGACACGUGUGACAGGGCAGCACUUGCGUCUUUGAACCCCGUGGCUGAGACCCUGCUGAGAAGCGAUCACAGUGGAAAAGUUAAAAGCAUCGUCGUCACGAUCAGAGGGGCCGCCGCCUCACCGCCGGGAUACGAUUUCUUCUCCCGCAACUUUGCCCCCUGGCACGGAAUCCCAGAAGACCCGGUGACGGGCUCUGCGCAUACAGUCCUUGCUGCCUACUGGGCUGAGAAACUAGGCAAGAAGAAAAUGUUGGCAUACCAGUGCUCCAGACGCGGCGGAGAACUAGAGCUGGAACUGAGGGACAACAGAGUGGACAUCGCUGGGCGAGCAGUGGUCAUACUUCAGGGAACCCUCAAACUCUAGAGAACAUGCUCUAGGUUUCAAGAUGGCUUUCCAUGACGGUCAUAUUAGCCAGGAACCAAUUCUGGGCAUCCACAGCUAGAUUGGUCGUUCAUCUAGGAGUGUUCCGGUUAUGCAAAUCAGUCGUUUCUUAAAGAACUUAGAAGCAGAAGUGUAUGCUAACCAUAGACUGCAUGUACAGGCUACAGUGCCAAGUAAUCAUAGAAACUUUUGCUUCCU